AACUCCUCACGCACCGCCACUACGUGCGCACCCGUUUGCACAAACUCGUGGCUCGAUCAACACUUCAUUGAUCUCGACCUUCUCGCGCAGCAAGAACCAUGGGCGGCGGGCGCAAGAAGCAGGCGUUCCAGCCGCUGCUGAUCCGCUUCGUCCUCGCCGCCGUCGUGCUGAGCGCUGCGGCGGCGCCGCGGUGCGCGGCGUUCAACCCGCGCAUGCUGUUCCUGGUGAAGCCCGACCCGAUCGUGCUGCGGGACCACGGCGGCGCGCUGCUCACGGGGAACCUCACCGUCAACCUGCUCUUCUACGGGCGCUUCGCCCCGGCGCAGCGCGCGAUCGUCGCCGACUUCGUCCGCUCCCUCUCGGCUGCCGCAGCGCCCCGGCACCGGGCCGCCGCCGCUCCGUCCGUGGCGUCGUGGUGGCGGACCACCUCGCUGUACCGCGGCGGCGGCGCGCGGGUGGCGCUCGGCAGGCAGAUCCUCGACGAGCGCAUGUCGCUGGGCCCGGGCCCGCUUUCGCCGGGCAACGUGACGGCGCUGGCGCGCGCCGCGGGGCACCACCGGGGCGCCGUCACGGCCGUGCUCACGGCCGCCGACGUCCCCGUGGUACCCUUCUGCGUGUCGCGGUGCGGCGCCCACGGCCGCGACCUCGCCGGCGCGCACGGCAGGGCGCGGUACGCGUACCUGUGGGCGGGGAAUCCGGCGCGGCAGUGCCCCGGCCAGUGCGCGUGGCCGUUCCACCAGCCGCCGUACGGGCCCCAGGCGCCGCCGCUCGUGCCGCCCAACGGCGACGUCGGCGUCGACGGCAUGGUCAUCAGCCUCGCCGCGCUCCUCACCGGCACGGUCACCAAUCCCUACGGGGACGGGUACUACCAGGGCGACGCCGGCGCCGGGCUCGAGGCCGCCACGGCGUGCGCCGGGAUCUUCGGGAGCGGGGCCUACCCCGGGUACCCCGGGAAGCUGCUCACGGACCCGGCCACCGGCGCGAGCUACAACGCCGUCGGGCUGGGCGGGAGGAAGUACCUGCUCCCGGCGUUGUGGGACCCGACGACCUCGCAGUGCAAGACACUUGUGUAGACAUGGCGGGACUGACGCCCGCAGCGCGUGGAGACGGCCAAAUGCUUUGCAUGAGGGAGGAAAAAUAAAUGCCUCAUUUAUUUCCAUUCCUUUUGUUCAGUUUGUUGCAUGUACUUGUAGUUUGCUCUCCGAGGAGCAUUUGUAGUAGGAUGUCUGUGCUAAUGGAUUUGCAUGUUAUGUUUAAACACGAAGUAAUACUACUAUCUCUA